AUGGUUGGAGAUAAGCCAGUUCAAGAAGUUAAGCAUGAGGAAGGAAAUGACUCUGAUAUUGAAGAUGUUCCAGAGUUAGAAAAUAUGACAGAAGAACAAAGAGCUGCUCAAAUCGAAUCAUUAAUUGCCAAUGGUCUUCAAGGAGGAAGUGAGCGUGAAGCUAAACAAUCACGUAAUGAAAAAAAGUCUCGCAAACUUUUUGCUAAACUUGGCCUUAAACCAAUAACUGGAGUUUCACGUGUUUGUAUUAGAAAAUCCAAAAAUAUUCUUUUUGUUAUUUCUAAACCAGAUGUUUACAAAAGUCCUGGAUCUGAUACAUACAUUGUUUUCGGAGAAGCUAAGAUUGAAGAUCUUUCACAACAUGUUCCAUUCCAGGCUGCUGAAAGAUUAAAGCCAACUGAACCAUCUGUCUCAGAACCAACUGUUUCAAAACCAAUUUGUGAGGAGGAUGAUAGUGAUGGUGAGGAUGCUGAUGCUACUGGAAUUGAAGAAAAAGACAUUGAAUUAGUUAUGUCUCAAGCUUCUGUAUCCCGUAAAAAAGCUAUUAAUGCUUUGAAAAAGACUGACAAGGAUAUAGUUAAUGCGAUUAUGGAGUUAACUAUGUAA